ACGAAUGAGCUAUAUUAUAAUGCGUCAAUAACGGAGAGUGAAGUUAUGUAAGAACAUGGAAUAGUGAUUUUACUUUUAUUUCUUCCAUGAACCAAAAUAUCCAGCAGAUGGCGCCAUUUCACCGCUGCCGAGACCAUCAGCCACACAGCAGCCAUAGAAACGUUUUAAACCGAGUGUAACCCUGCUGACUUAAAAUACCGGCACCAUCCCAGUUAUCCAGGCACCUGUGCUGAAGGCGAUCCAGGUGACACAAGAGUUAAUGAUCUUGUGAUUCAGACCUGCUGAGACUGAGCUGCCACCGGCUCUAUACAGUGGCCUCUGCUGGGCAUUUAGCGCCGGGAGGAGAAAAAAGAUUCCCCCUUCUCAAUUGUGCGGUUAUUGACCAGCGGAGGGAAAGAAGCGGGUCGAUAAGUGGAUCAGAUUUAUUAGCGGUGCGGAUUUGCCACAGCACGCCAAAUGUCAAAGGAGACACAGUCUGUGGGACCGCACGCCGCGCAUUUCAUUUAGCUGAGAGGAGCGCCAGGCAGCGGGUCUACAAGUGCGGCGCAAUUUCAAGUGGAAGUGUGUGUUGCAGGGAACCAGCAGGAUGGACCUGGUCAAGAUUACAGUGUCCUUCCACAUUCUUCUAAGUCCUGCAUGGGCCCUGUCCCGCCACUCCUCUGUGGACAGCAUCCUUUCAGACCACUCAGCUGUCAGGUGGCUGGAUGAGCCACUGAGGUUUGAACCCUGUUGUCUCAUGUCACCGCCUCCACCGCCGCUCUUCCCUCCCCCGCCUCAUCUGUGGAAGCGGGGCAGCCCCGAUGACGUUAGUAUCUUAGAGCCAAGUGUUUUUGGAGGAGCAAAACAGGAAAAACAAAAACUUGAGAUACCUGGAUGUUCACCUGGACCUCCAGGACCUCCAGGACCACAGGGACCUGAGGGUCACAGAGGAUUACCCGGAAUAAGAGGACCUAAAGGGGACAAGGGGGAAAUUGGACGUCCAGGGUCAAAGGGUCGUACAGGUGCUCCAGGCCUCCCGGGGAAACAAGGAUUACCAGGAUGGCCUGGUCCAGAAGGACCCAAGGGUGAGAAAGGGGACCCAGGACUCAUGGGCUUACCAGGACUUAGAGGACCACCAGGAACAAAGGGUUUGCCUGGUUACAAAGGAGAGAAGGGCAAUCAUGGUGAAUCUGGAGCAGCAGGACCAAAAGGUGAUAAGGGUUCCAUUGGUUUGCCUGGGAUGCUUGGGCAGAAGGGUGAGCAGGGACCAAAGGGAGAGCAAGGAGUCCCAGGGAAGAGAGGACCUACUGGACGGCCUGGGAAGAGAGGCAAACAGGGCAUGAAGGGCCACAACGGAGCUCCAGGAGUCAUGGGCCCCCCAGGACCCCCAGGUCCAAACGGCCACCCAGGGCCACCUGGUCCACCUGCCUCAGGUCUCUAUCUUGUAGGAGAAAAGGGAGAGAAGGGCCUUCCAGGUCCACCAGGUCACUGUGACUGUGAUUCCACUCUUGGAGCAAAUAAUGCUCCCUUUGGAAGCUAUACACAACGGGGUGGCUCUGAGAAAGUCCCUGCUAUAUUUGUGGUAAGCAGUGAGGAGGAAAUGGAGCAUCUGCAUCUAGGCAAUGCAAUAGCAUUCAGGAAGGAUCAGAGGGCUCUCUACUUCAGAGACAAAGAUGGAUGGAAGCCCAUACAGCCCUUCCAGCCGUUCCAAUCCACAGAGAAGGUCCCAGACAGAGUUGGUGUGUGUGGGGACGGAAAGGUGCAGGCCCAGCAUGGAGAGGAGUGUGAUGAUGGGAACCAGAUUGUCACUGAUGCUUGUCUCAACUGCAAGUGGGCCUACUGUGGAGAUGGCUAUCGACAUGAAGGAAUGGAGGAGUGUGACGGAAAAGACUUUGGUUAUCAGACCUGCAAGUCCUACCUUCCCGGGUCCUUUGGGCAGCUCAAAUGCACUGACUCUUGCCUCAUCGAUUCCACUGGUUGCAAGUAUUUCACCUGAAGUGGAACAUUGGAAGAAAAAAAAAAGACCAGACUGCAACUUUGUAGUUCCUCUUCCUGAUCAUGGGGAUUACAUUUCAGAUUUCGACUGAAGUCUCACCCUUUAAAAAAAGAACUGAUGGACUGAGAGAGAGAGAGAGAGUAAGGGUGGCUUUUGUGCCUGCUCUGAGCCAUGAAAAGUCAGGGGAGUCAGCUUUGAACCGACCAUCUCUCCUGGAGGUUUAAUUCUUUUAUUGGCCUCAGGGAGCAGCUUCCUGUUACUGUCACUCCAUCGGCUCCAGCACUGUUAUGAACACUGACACUGGUGAUGGUGGGAAACACUUGUGAUUGUAUCAUAUAAAAUAGUUACUAUGUGUAUGACUUGCUGACUGUUGAUGCAGAAAUAAGCUAUGCUCUGAACUUCUUUUGUAAUGACAGAGAAGAGAAGGAGUCUUUUAGAAACACAGUAAUGAUAUUGAAAAAGAUAUUUGUACUGCAGUAUGCAAACCAGGGGGUGUGUAAAUGUGUUUAUUCCCGUGCAUUGUAUUACGGAACAUGUAUUUAUUAAGUGCAGUGCUGUGAUAUUGCAUGUAAAUGUGUACCAGUGCGCAGCAGACUGUUUUAACCACUGCUGUAAAUGUACUCACCAAAGUGUGGCCCUAUUGAAGUCAAUGUUCAAAUACCCCACAGGUGGAAAAUGAAUGUGAUACUGCAACAGCAGCGAGAAAAAAAACACUCGUGAUUUUCUCAGCAGCAUGGAGAAAAUGCUCAGUUACAACAAAAUGCAUGACUGUAAAUUCCAUGAAACACUGCACAUUAAUAAAGAUUA